AUGAGGCUCUCCCUGCCGCUCCGUUUGGCGAGCUCCUCGUCAAUUCCCUCUGGGUCGGCACUAAGACAAACGCCAAUGGCUCUGCUGCCUCCAAUACCGCUAUAUCGACGCAUACUACGAGCUCACCGGAAAAAACUUCCUACUGAUUUGAGGUUUCUGGGGGAUUCGUACGUGAAGAGCGAGUUCCGAGCUCACCGAAACGUGGAAAAUCCCAUCCAUAUCAUCGGGUUUUUGACAGAGUGGCAACUCUACGCUCAGCAGCUUGAAGGUGAUUCGUGGGCAGAUGGAAAGCUUGAUAAGGCGAAGAUUGACAAAAUGAGCGAUCAGCAACUUGGUCAACUAUACGAGCUUAUGCAGACAAUCAGAAAGGGAGACGGGGAUAGCAAUAAAGGCGACUCGUGA